ACGACGGUGUGCCAGGAGGAAAACGUGUGGAUCUUCUCUCGUGCAACUGUUUGAGUUUAACUCGUGUUAAUCGAUGUAAAUACUUCUUUAAAACGCGCUAAUUACUUAUUUCAAUCUGUAAAACAAACCGGAAGUCCGCGUUGAGGUUAAGGCGGAACCAUCUGGAAGAAACGAUGAAGAAAACACGUGACCAGAGUGGAGAGUCGUCGUCAGGACAGCAGCCAGCUGAUUACCUGGUGGGUCAGGUGUCGGGAAGUCUGUUCCAGAAGAAUUCUGCAGCCUCUGGAUCGUCGCUGUCGGCUUUAUUCGGCACCGCUGCUCCAGCUGCACCGCUCCGGUUUCAGCCGGCACCAAAACCUGUUCAGAGGAGCACAGAAGAAAAGGAGCCUCAGAAGGAGCCAGAGGUCAAAGGUCAGUCCAGUCAGAAGAAGAAGAAGCAGCUUAAAGAGAAAUCAGAAGCCGAACAGAAGCUGGAGAACAGAGAGAUCAGCUUACUGAAUGCAGACGAGGAGGAGCAAGGGCAGGAGACACCAGCGAAGAAGAAGAAGAGGAAAGCACCGGAGCCGGACGGAGAGAACGACGUGGAGAAGUGGGUGCUGAAGAGACAGAAGCUAAGAAGCAGAAAGGCGGAGGAGGCGGUGAAGACGAAGAAGACGGUGUUCGUAGGAAACCUGCCGAUCGGCUGCACCAAGAAGGUGCUGCAGAGUCUCUUCAGGGAUAACGGACCCAUCGAGUCCAUCCGCUUUCGCUCUGUGGUCAGAGAGGAUCCGUCCAUGUCCCGCAAAGUGGCAGUGAUUCAGCGCAAAGUUCAUCCCAAGAAGCACAGCAUCAACGCCUACGUGGUGUUCAAAGACGAGGAGGGCGUGGAGAAGGCGUUACUGAGGAACGGCAUCGAGAUCGAGAAGGACUUUUUCAUCCGAGUGGACCGAGUGACCGACAGCUCAGCGCACGAUCACAAGCGCUCGGUGUUCGUGGGGAAUCUGACGUUCGAGAUAAAUGAGCUGGCGUUCCGGAGGCACUUUGAGGAGUGCGGCCCGGUGGAGGCUGUGCGUCUGGUACGGGAUCAGAACUCCGGGCUGGGAAAAGGAUUCGGCUACGUCCUGUUUGAGAGCGCCGACUCGGUGCAGCUGGCGUUGAAACUGGAUGGCUCCAAGCUGGAGGGCAGGUCCGUCCGGGUGAAGAGGUCGGUGAAGAAGGAGAAGCAGACGAAUAAAAGUGACGGCCAAGGAGCCGCGGGGAGGACCGGCAGGGGCCCCACGAAGGGCCCGGGACGGGAGACAGGAGGUGGUCGGCCGGGUUUCAAGUCUCAGAAGAAGUUCUCUGGAAAGCAGCAGUGGGCAACUAAAGGCUCCGGCUCGUUCAAAGGAGAGAUGGUGGACCCAAACAGAAAGCUGAAAAAGAAAGGACUGAAGAAGAAAGGGAGGACCAACAAGAAGGUCCACAUCUGACUCACAGCUCGCUGACCGUCAGGGACACGAGGACUCUUUCUGAACCCGACGUCAUCCAGCUGGUUCUGCUGAAAUGACAUAUGUUAAAGGAGAACAGCAGAGUCCAGAUCAGCAGGUGGUUCUGUUGUUCACUCCAACAGGAACAGUACAUACAGUGUUGAAACCUUGUUCAGUCACACUUCACCUCCAGCUGGUUCUCCUGUGUUGGAUUAUGUUGUCUGCUCUUUCUGUUGUUGUAUUAAAUUACAGAUUUUCCCUUUAA